UUCCACAGCCCCGUGACCUUGUCAAUGUUUGAGUGCUGGCUGUAGUUUUUCCUCCUGUCCAUGUAUACUAAAGACUGAAAUUUAUUUCACUUUCUCUCUGUAUAUUCUGUUUGUUGUUAGAAAAUGAAGAUGCGGCCCAAAAGAUAGAGCCUGCAGAACAGCUGGUUGAUUCUUUGGAGUCCAGUAAUUCGCAGAUUGGGUCACGAAUUGGGACACUCAUGAGUGUGGGCACGACAGAGGAUUCAAAGGAAGAAGCUGGGACUUUAGAGGACCAGGAAGUGACUGAACUAGAAGAGAAGCUGCCUGACCAAAUUCAGUCCCUCAAAGAGGAAGCUGUUGUUCGGAUAGCCAACUAUCAUGUACCUCAAGGAGCAGGGGAUAUAGUCAUGAUUCAGUCAGAUCACACUGGUGCUGUGGAUAUCCUUUCAGCUGAGCUGGAGACUGCAGACCUCCUUGGGGAGCAGAGGAAAGCUCAGCCUCCUCCUCUGGCUCCACCCACCAUGUGGACCACUGAGAAGACUAAGGAAUUCAAAGCUAAGAUGGGAAAGGAGAAGAAUGGCCGGAUGGUGGUGAAGCGAGGAGAGGUGGUGACAGUCCGUGUGCCAACCCAUCCUGAUGGGAAAUGCAUUUGCUGGGAGUUUGCUACAGAUGACUACGACAUUGGGUUUGGAGUCUAUUUUGACUGGACCACAGUUACUAGCACUGCCAUUACUGUUCAGGUCAGCGAAUCCAGCGAUGAGGAGGAUGAAGAGGAGGAGGAGGAAAUUGAAGGACUCGCCCCUGUUGGUGAUGUGGAAAGGGGCUCCAAAACCUACCUGCGGAACCGCUACGGCGAGAUCAUGCCUGUAUAUCGGAGGAACAGCCAUCGGGAGGUGCAGGCAGGCAGCCAUGAGUAUCCAGGGGAGGGCAUCUACCUGCUGAAAUUUGAUAACUCAUACUCUCUCCUCCGCAAUAAGACUCUGUUCUUUCAUGUCUAUUAUACUAGCUGAAGAAAUGGGAGGGAGCAAGAAUGGCAGGCAGGCAGUGGUGAGUGUUGCAGGCUGCCCACCCAGCCCUCGUACUGCCUGAUGGGCCCUGCUGUGUGACAGAACCAAGGCACAAUUCUGCCGGCUCCUCUUCAGACGCUAACUGGUUUAUCCCCGCACCCUCCUGCCCCGCUGUCCCAGUGGAGAAAGGUAGCUGUGACUGCCUGGUUAUCCACAGGCAGCUGCUCUUUCUGUAAAACUUCUGGAGGUCUGCUCUGUGCAGGCAUCGGGCUGGGCCUCCAUGUCACAGCCGGUUAAUGCCCCAGAGGACGGGUUUAGGUGGUCGUGGUUUCGAUCGGUUGUGCUGGCAUGAAGUGAAGUGAAAAUAUUCUUGAGCUGUUACUAUUUUGUGAAUAACUUUUCCGACUCUCCUGCUGCAUCUGCAUCGCUAGAGGGCAGCUGUCAGCUGCAGUGAGCCAGAAGCACAGCUGUGUCGCUUAGCCACUGAUAAUCUCAUCACCUACCACCAGUACGUCACCAGCAGCCAGUGCUUCCUUCGCUCGUCUGGGUGGGGGUGCAGCUGGCCAGCGGCACCUGUGUUGCAGUGGCUAGGCCAUAUGACAGGCGGGCCCCAAAUGGGCAGUCACGGCAUGUGUCUGAACAGGGGGUGGGGGGAGGGUGCACACCUAGAAGUCCAUAAGAAAAUUUUCCUACAGAUUAAGAAUUGGAUGUUAUACCUGCUGACUGUAGAGAUAUGUAGAUGAUUAAAAGUUCAGUGACCACCAAAAGUUUUUUUUUUCCCUGUAAACCAGAUGUGAAGCAGAAGAAAUUACUCCUGUGCUGAAUAAAUACAAAAAGGUUGGAGUACAACCAAUAAAUACAUGGGAAACGUUGGUUCACUGGUAUUGCUGCCAGAUGGAUAAUACCAUAUGUAGCAAGGAAGAGGCUCCCCUGAGAAGUUUAGUUGUCAGCUGCUAUUGCUGUUGCAAAGGUAUUGUUAGAAAAGAACAUCUCUGCUCAGACACUCAAAAUGUGUGGGAUUUUAACCAAUCCUUUCUGUGAACCAGAAUCAGCAAGGCCAUUGCUGACCCUGACCAUGUGGUACAGGAUGGAGUUCCUUGGCAUGGUUUGGUGCCUAUCAAUGGCCAUUAGUGAUCACCUUCUGCUAAAGUACUGGCAGAGUUGAACAAGGAUUAAGUUAAUCCUUCAGAGGUGAAUUUUAAAUCAUGUUUAUCUAUAACUGUUGUUUAUUUUAAUACUUUUAACUUGAAAUCAUUCUCUUUUCUAAGAAUACUGCUGUAUUUACAUUUUGAUACCUCUUUUCAGAGACACAAAAUGGCUGUUAGCAUGGUGAUUCUAGCAGAGUUCUGAGUCCUAUUUUUUAAUCCUCCAGGUAAAGCACAUCUACUUGGUCCGUUCCUUCUAUUGAGAGGGAAUGAUGGACAAAAUGCUUUUGGGGUUGUUGAAGCCAAAGAUUUCACUCUCAUAGGAGGGCCGCAUAUUUCCUAUUAAGGCUAUAUUGUAGUGCUGUGCAAUUUGCUCCAUAUUCAAGCUUUUCUUUUAACUAUCUCUGCUUACUUAUUCACUGUCCCAGAGCACUUAGUAGGUCAAAAUGGUAAGAGAGAGGGAGAGCAGUCAGUCUACAGCAGAGCAGCCCAAGCUGGCAGCAGGAGGAGUGGAAAUGCAAAGAACAUUCAUUGGAGUACAGUGGCUUUCUGAGUGAGCAGGUAGGGAGUAGAGUUGUUGCUGCUUUGGGCCCUGAGAUGGGGAGAAAAAUGCAGGCUUUUUCAAGAGAGAGGUGGAGUGUGUGUACCUGGGCAAGGCAAGAACUGCAAAGCUGCCUUAUUCAAGCAGCGGCAACCACAGGACAAGCUUGUAGAGAGAUGGAACAGUAGGGCUUGGUAUCUGGCAGAGUAAGAUGCUCCUUCAUUUAGCAGCUUGGGGAGGACUAUUCCCUCCUUUAGUCUCUCUUGGAGGAGUUGAAGAACCAUCCUGUGGCCUUUGUAAAGCACUUGAAUCAGGCCUGAGUAACUUGGAUAAGAUGCUCCAUUUUUUUCAUCCUUUGUCUAUCAAGUUCCUAGACACUAAACAGAAGACAAUAGAAAAGACCCUUCAGUCUGACCACAAUGUCAGCCCUUCCCCACUCGAUGACUGCCUUUGAUCAUUUGCUGUGAGAUCUGCAGAACCCUGCGUGCACUUGCUGGUUAAUGUAUGAUGCGCUGUCUGACACCCAGUCCACUUUUUAAUUAGGAUUUAUUUAUGAUGAAGGGAACUGACCUGUAUAUAUGUUAGUUAAUUCCAGAAAUACUGAUCCACAGUUGCUCAGCUUAUUGCAGGCUAGUGGAUUAUCUCCACUAAAAAACUUACCCUUACAGUGUGGCCUCUCUGUUGCUAACUUGCAGCUAAUUCCCCCUCCUGUCUAUCUGUUGCUCAUAUUAAGGUUCAAAAUACAUUUUGUCAUGUAAGUUAAUAAUGCCUGCCUCUCACAACCAGUUUUGAUCACUCAUUGACGCAAAUAGUAUGUGCCAGUUUUCAAGCCAUUAGUUAGUCAUUUUAGUUAAGAUAAAUUGCACUGUAGAUGGUAAUCCUAUAGCUCAGUUCUAGCUUUCUGAAAUAUGGACCAACCUUCUAUAAGGCUCAGGUCACUUAUUUGGAACUGUGCCUGUCUCCUAGUCUCAUUGACUUAAGCCCAACAGCAGCGCUGAAUAUGGUAGGUCAUCCCAAUUCUGCAUGUGCCUGGUCUGCAAAUUCAGUGUGCCCAUAGAUAGGCCUGUGGCAGUGAAACCAAGAGUGUUCAGUGUGUGUCACUUCACUGCUUAAGUUUCCCAGAAGUAUCUGGUAUCUCUUAUGAACAGAGGAUAGUUUUAGGCACAGAAUAUUUCAUCUGCAGGAAACAGAAGCUUUACGGUUUUACAGGAUAAUUAUUUUUGUUUAUUUUUAAUUUCCACAUCACAUGAGCAUUUUGUUUCUCAGGUAUUUAGAUAGCAUUCGUUAUCCAAGUGACAACUUCUCUUUGGAAGGAUAUAUAGUCUUAAUACAUUUUCUGAUAAAUCCAAUGACUUGGCUGUGUGGCUAGUGAUUAACAGCAGCUAUUCCCAUGCAAAAUUGAACCCACAAUUGGUUUACAGAAGUAAUCUUUUUUUCUCAUGCAUUGUUUUUUUCACUUUGGUGUAUUUCCUGGGUUUGUAUCCAAUCCUGCUAUCUGGCUGAGGCAGUGAUGGAAACCCUUAUUUUAACUGGGGACCUUUGGAACCAGACCUUAGGUCUAGAAAGAAACAUGAAUUAAAAAGGCAGUUGCACUUCAGAGAGGGAACCCGGUCCUUAAGAAAGGAAAAUGCCUUCUUUGUUUUUGUGGAAAGAAGAUUUCAGAUAGGUUUUUUAAAUGUGUUUCAUCUCCCUGCAAAUUGUGUCUAGGAAUUCAGAAAGCUAAAUAAUGGAAGAAGCUGCUUUUGCAUUUUGGGUUUGCUUUUGUGAAAGCACAAACUUGUUUUCCAUUUUGUUUUGAAUAUAAUUUAGAUCUAGAAAUAAGAUUUACAUGUUCAUCCAGAGAUACAAGACAGUCCUGAAGUGCAGGACUUGUAUAGAAAUUAGCUUGUACAAUUGUUUAUUUAUAAUAAUGGUAACAAUCUGUUGGGCAUUCUUUUUUAUGUUAAAGAAGGUUAUAAGCUCUCAAUUUUUUAUCUUUUUUUCCCCUUUAGGUGCAAUGUAGCAGCAGGAGUUUAAAAUGUAUGUGUUUUACUGAGGACAGAGUUAAAAUUGCUUAAAUCAGGGACCACUUGUGCUGAUCUAAUUUAUUCACUCUUUGAAGGCCUGUACUAUGGAUUCUUGUGAAAGGUUACUGGUGUCAAAUAUAGGCUAGUUGCCAAUUAAUGCUUGGGACCCACUUAAUAGUUACGUAAAUUAUUAUUGGUAAUGACCUGUUUACACGAACAGGUAAGAUGAAAAUGCGUAAGAGCUUAGUUGUCUGACUUCAGGUGCUAAGAAGAAAGUCAAGUUACUAUGCAACCGAGUCUAAAAGACAGCUACACACCUUUCAUUUUGGUUCUGCCCUCUGCACUUGUUUCCUUGUAACUGUGUGUGCAUGUAACCUUCAUCUAUGGCCUGCAGUGGGUCAGUUAUUGUGGUGCUGGACCUGGUGAGGUGGGUUAGAGGUGAACCUUGUCACAUGUCUAUUUGCUGGAAGACUCAUUCUUGUGGGGAACUAUUGUAGAGAAUGAAUCCCUAAAUGAGUUCACUUUUAUCCCCACUGCUUAUAUCCUUCCUUCUUGUCUCACUACCCCUACUAGAGUCACUCUACAGAGGAUUUAUCACAAGGUGCCUUAGGAACAAGGACUAUGUCUGAAAUGGGAGCCAUAGAUGUCAUUAACCUAAGGGAGUGCUCCUUGUUUCUCUGCCCAUUGGGUAGAGGGGAGGCACUUCUUAAGAUCAGGCAAGGGGAGGCCCUAUAGGCUGUUCCUGGAGAUUUAAGUUGUUCAUUAGACUGCCUUGUUGCUGAAAGAUGAGUAGCAGAAUGGUGUUUUGAGUUUUCUGGCACCAUAAGAUCUUUACCUUUUAAAAUCAUAUGCUGCUGUCAGAUUGAGGAACACCAGAGGACUAGUCCUUUUGAUACACUGAUGCUAAACCUGAGGACCAGAGGAACACUAGAUAGAUGUAGAAGAGCAUUCCUUGUGGCCAUUCAUUAUUUUAUCUAAAAAGUGUCUGAAUCUGGUAUUGUGAGUGGUGUGUGCUUAUAUGUAUUGAGGCUGGAUAAGAGACCAAAGCAACAAAGUUGUUGGUUUUUUUUUUUUUCUUUCAUACUUGUAGAUCAAAACUGUUUCUCCUUUUCUCACAUCUGGGAAGAUAUUGGAUGUGAGAGUGUCAUGUAGAUGUAGCAGAACAUCUCAAUCAGUAGAAGG